GAAAGUUGGAAAGACAAAGCCAAGAGUGAACGAGAGAUACUCACUAAACAAAAACUUGUCUUCCCCACUUUCUUUUUUCUUGUGUGGUUCUCCUUCCUUCUUCAUCGUCUUUCUCGAAUCUUCUGUUACUUUUCCCUCCCUUCUCUAACUCCCCGCUUCUCUGAAUCCCUUUCUGUUAAUUAUCUGUCUUUCAAGUUUUAAUUUUUUGGGUUUGUCUCUAAUCUCACAAAGAAUCAAACUUCAAAGGAUUUCUCGAAAGCCAGGUGUUUUCAGAAUCGAGAUCCAGGUUUUUCAGUUUAUAAAAUUUGUUUUUUUUUUUUUUUGGUUUUUCUCAUCUUUCAAUCGGCCAAGAGGGUUGUUUUUGAUCCCUCAAAGCUUUGUUUUUUUCUUCUUCUUCUUCUGGGAUUAAAGGGGUUGUGUAUUUUAAACCUCUUCCACCUUUUUCUUCAAAAAAGACUUUUUUUGUUUUGUUUCCUUUGUUGGGUUUUGAAUUUUUUCAGGUUUAGAAGGACACAGGUUGAUGGCAGCUACAAUGGAUUUGUACAGCACACCACAACUUCAGUCAGAUCCCUUCAGAGAUGAGUUAAUGGAAGUUCUAGAAUCUUUUAUGAAGAGUUCUUCCACAACUCCCUCUGCAUCCUCAUCCCCUUCUUCAAAUUCAUAUCUACCUUCUACUUCUAAUUCUUCUAUUUCUUACUCUCCUUCUCCUCCUUCUCCUUCUCCUUCCCCUUCCCCUUCCUACUUCACUUCCUCCCCUUCACUCCCUCCUACACAGCCCAAUUUCUACACAGAUGGUUGCUCAACAACGAUGACCCACCUAUUUGCCUCUGGGUUAUCCAACAGCCAAAACUUUAUUGGCUUUGAGCAACCAAGCUCUCUCCUUGGGCUCAACAACCUUACCCCAUCUCAGAUUAACCAGAUCCAAACCCAGAUCCACCUCCAGAGCCAGCAUCACAAUAACAACAACAACCACCUCAGCUUCCUCAGUCCCAAACCUGUCCCCAUGAAGCAAGUGGGUGGUGCACCUCCCAAACCCACUAAGCUCUACAGAGGGGUAAGGCAAAGGCAUUGGGGGAAAUGGGUCGCUGAGAUCAGACUCCCAAAGAACCGUACAAGACUCUGGCUUGGUACCUUUGACACUGCUGAAGAAGCUGCUUUGGCUUAUGACAAAGCUGCGUACAGGCUCAGAGGGGACUUUGCAAGGCUCAACUUUCCGAACCUAAGGCACCAAGGUUCAUGUGUUGGUGGUGCGUUCGGUGAGUACAAGCCUCUUCAGUCCUCCGUUGAUGCAAAGCUUGAUGCUAUCUGUGAGAGCUUGGCUGAUAUGCAGAAACAAGGGAAGCAAGAGAAGGCUGUGAGGUCAUCUAAGAAGUCUAAACUGGCUUCAAAGGAGGCUCAGCCAAAGUUGGAGAACCCUUGCAAGGUGGAACCCUCUUUGUCUCCGGUUAUGACCGAGAGUGAUGGUUCUGCAGGUUCUUCUCCUUUGUCUGAUCUUACAUUUGGUGAUGUCACUGAGCCACAAUGGGAAGCUGCUUCAGAACAUUUUAAUCUGCAGAAGUUCCCUUCUUAUGAGAUUGAUUGGGAUUCUCUGUGAAGCCAAAUUUGGUAGUCCUAUAGUUUGUACGUAGCUGGUUUACUUGUGACGAGUCUCAUGCGUAAUAAUUUAGUAUAUUGGUAGGUUCUAGAGUGUCUUUCUAGUUGUCACUGCAAUUGAGUUUUUGAAAAUUGCAGUGCUACUUGUAGGAUUUGGACAAUUGCGUUUAUGAUAGGUUAUUUUUUUUAUUUUUUUUAGUUUGGGGUCAAUUUGCAUAUUGAUUACUGUCAAUAUGUUGUAAAUUUGUCUUCCUUUGGUCAGCUGGUUUUUUUCUUGCUUGGCCAGGGAGAAUGACUCCGGUUUAAGUUGUUAUUUAUGUUUUGGUGUUCAUGAAAGUAUAUUAUUAUUGCUGUAAUUCAAUUCUAUUAGUAUUUCAACUCAUGAGUAUAUUGUACUAGUUUGUGUUUGGUGGACCUAUUGUAUUGGUGUAUCAAAUGAUUCAAAAAAUAGAUGUUAUUUGGUUCUGGGAAUCAUCAAUUGUACUC